GUGAAAAAUAAAAUAUAUGUAUCACAAUCUUACUGAUGAGAAUUGUAAAAAUUAAUUGAACAACUUCAGUUGUUCGUUUUACGUUUAUAGAAAACAUUUCUUAAAUCUGUAAAAUUCAAAAAAAUUGCGUUAAAGUAUGACGACAGAAGAAGGUUUUGAACAGUUCGAAGAUGAGGAGGCUGAAAUUCCGAUUGGUGGAACAUUACCUGGCGGUAGGAAACGAUUAUUUUCAAAGGAAUUGCGCUGUAUGAUGUAUGGUUUUGGAGAUGAUCAAAAUCCUUACACAGAAAGUGUAGAUUUAUUAGAAGAUCUGGUUAUUGAGUUUAUUACUGAGAUGACACAUAGGGCAAUGGAAAUUGGUCGUACUGGUCGGGUCCAAGUAGAAGAUAUUGUAUUCUUAGUAAGAAAGGAUCCAAGAAAAUAUGCAAGGGUAAAAGAUUUAUUAACAAUGAAUGAAGAAUUAAAGAAAGCUAGAAAAGCAUUCGAUGAAGUUAAAUAUGCAGAAUAACAGAAGGGACUGCUAAAGCAUCGUAUGAAGAACCACAUAACGUUAAAGGAAUUUUAUGCGCGGAGAUAUAUUUGCGGAUGCGACUUAGUCGUUGUGCAUGACCUACUGUGUACUGUGGAAUACAAUCUCUC